AUGGAAACAAUCGCAAUCGGCCAAAUGUUAAUGCCGAUUUUGGCGUUUAUUUUCACCUGCGCGGCGGUGAGCCUCGCCGCCUCUUGCAAAUUUAUCGGACACGGAGAAGUCGCCUUUUUGCCCAUGGUCGGAAUCGUGGUCAACGUUUUCUACAUUUCCACAGCAGUGAUCACGCUAGUCGCCUCGAAGAUCAAUUGGGCGGACGGCUUCGUCGGAGCCGCUAUUUUCUCCGUCAUGUCACUUCUUAGCGCCUCGCUAAUGGCUGCCUGGUCCUACUCGCAAACUCAGAAUAACUCGAAACCUGCCGCGAUCCGAAAGCGCCUGAGCUGGAUCCUGCUCAUUUCCUACUCUCUUCAAGUCGGACUUUUCUUCGGCCUCGUAAUGCUCCUCAAGGAUGCUACUGCGGUCACUGCCCUUUAA